AUGGCUAGUUUGAUUCCUAUUUCCACCUACAACUUGGCUGUUCAGCCAUUCAACCCAGUCCCUGCUAUCGAGGACGACUACCCAGUCACCAUCAGAUUGACCUUGGCUGCCGUGGACCCAGAAGCCCUCGAUGACAAGGAAGAGCCAUCUACCUUGAGAUUGUUAAAGAGAACCUUACCAUUCCUUGACGACGAAGAAGACUCUGACCUUGAAGCCGAAGAAGCUGACGAGUUAGACUCCGAAGAAGAAGAGGAAGAAGUGGAAGAAGCCCCAAAGAAGAAGGGUAAGAAGGCCAAGAAGGCCGAAGAAGAAGAGGUGGACGAAGACGAAGAAGACCUUGACAUCGACGGUUCUGACGACGACGAGGAUGAAGAUGACAUUUCCGAGUUUGUUGUCUGUACUUUGUCUCCAAAGGUCCAAUUCCAACAAACCAUUGACUUGACCAUCAGCCCCGAUGAAGAAGUCUUCUUCGUUGUCACCGGUUCAUACGCCAUCCACUUGACCGGUAACUACGUGGAGCACCCAGCCGACGAAGACUCUGACGAAGACGAAGAGUACGACGAAGACGACUACGACUUGUCCCCAGAUGAGGAUGAAAUCAUCCACGGUGACGGAUACGACUUGGACGACUUGGAAGACGAAUCUGACAUCGAAAACAAGAUCGAAGAGUUGGUCGAAAACGACAAGAAGAGCAAGAAGAGAGCUGCCGAAGAAGACGAGCAAGAACAGCCACCAUCCAAGAAGGACAAGAAGAAGAAGGAAGAAAAGAAGUCCGUCCAGUUCACCAAGGAAUUGGAACAGGGCCCAACUGGCUCCACCUUGGUUGACAAGAAGAAGGAGAAGAAGGAAAAGGCCAAGGCCAAGAAGGAAGAAGCCGAAGCCAAGAAGGAAGAAGCCAAGAAGGACGAAUCCAACAAGGACGAAGCCGGUGCCAAGAAGUACCCAACCAAGACCUUGUUGGGAGGUGUUGUUACCGAAGACAGAAAGGUCGGUAAGGGUCCAGCUGCCAAGUCUGGUAACAGAGUUGGUAUCCGUUACAUUGGUAAGUUGAAGAACGGUAAGGUCUUUGACAAGAACACCUCUGGUAAGCCAUUUGUUUUUGGUUUAGGUAAGGGUGAGUGCAUCAAGGGUUUCGAUCUCGGUGUUGCUGGCAUGGCUGUCGGCGGUGAGAGAAGAGUUGUCAUUCCAGCCAAGAUGGGUUACGGCUCCCAAUCCUUGCCAGGAAUUCCAGCCAACUCCGAGUUGACCUUCGACAUCAAGUUGGUUUCUCUUAAGUAGAUUACUUAUAAUGUAUAUGAUGGACUAGAAAAGUGU